CCGUUCCAAUCAGUCCUAAUCUAGCAUUUACGGAGAGCGGUCGAUUGUGUUUCUGACUUACAAUAAGUUCAACGCAGCAGCCGUCGCCUCCCGAGUUCGGAAUCUAUCACCUAAAUAAGAGCCCCAAAGUAGGCGCGCGUUCAGUUCACGUCUUCUGGUUCAGAAAUCCCCACGAUCGAUCAGUAGGCGAUCAUUAGUUAGGCUGCCGGGAAAUAAUUUCUACGGACCGAAUCUUGACAUACCGUGGCCUGCCUAGUUGUUGGCAAUCUUGUUUGACAAAUUCCUCACCGCGACGAGUUUUCAGCAAAUUGAAAGGCUUUUUAAUUGGAGCGAUCCCCGCAAAGUUGCGAUCGGAACGUGUUGCACUUGAUCUGCAUUCGCGCACGCAAGCACGCGCCCGUAUUUGUCGAAGUAGUUUACGCGUGAGCGGAGACAAAUCGUGGGUAGUUUUCGUAGGAUCAGUGAUCUAUUUGCUGUUAGACGUUACAUUUUGCAAAUUUGAAAUUCAAUAAGGACGAAGUUUGAGAAAAAAAAGAUUUAACGAUGAGUGACAAGGUUUAUGUCAAUGGUAUAACGAUCAACGGCAGUGAAUGCAACGGAAAUGGAACCACGCUGACGAAUGGAACACCCGCUCAUGACGAAGAGAAAAUUGCAGGCGUGUUUUAUAAUGCGCGGGAAGAUGCAUGGUACACUUACGACAUGCUGCAGGAAAUCGCCAACCAUCUGCUGUCGCGAACGCAGCUACGGCCAAAGAUCGGAAUCAUUUUGGGCACGGGUCUCGGGUCAUUGGCCAACCAGCUGACCGAUGCGGACUACAUCGACUACCAGACCAUCCCACACUUCCCGGUUUCGACCGUGGAUGGCCACGUGGGGCGACUGAUCUUCGGAUAUCUCAAGGGCGUUCCGGUGAUGUGCAUGCAGGGCCGAUUCCACUACUAUGAAGGAUACCCACUGGCUAAGUGUUCGAUGCCGGUUCGAGUGAUGAAGCUAGUCGGUUGUAGUCACCUGAUCGCCACCAACGCUGCCGGAGGGCUCAAUCCCAAGUACAAAGUCGGUGACAUCAUGCUCAUGAAGGAUCACAUCAACAUCAUGGGUUUCGCCGGAAACAAUCCCCUGCAAGGUGCCAAUGACUCCCGUUUCGGACCCCGGUUCCCCAAUAUGGUGAACGCCUACGACUGGAAGCUGUUGAAGAAGGCCAAAGAAAUCGGAAAGGAUAUCGGCAUCGACAACGACCUGCACGAGGGCGUGUACAUCUGCUUGGGUGGUCCCAACUUCGAAACCGUGGCCGAGCUCAAAAUGCUCCGGAUUUGGGGCGUAGAUGCCGUGGGGAUGUCCACGGUGCACGAAAUCACCACUGCCGUCCACUGCGGGAUGACCUGCUUUGCGUUCAGCUUGAUCACGAAUUUGUGCGUGCCGGAGUACGACACCGAGGAAACCCCCUGCCAUGACGAUAUCGUAGGAAUCGGCAAAAGCCGGGAAUCGACGCUGACGGAUCUGGUGGCGCGGAUGGUCAAACACAUUCACAUGGAACUGAAAAAGUGAUGCAGCCGACACAUUCCCUUCACAGCAAACACAGUCGAUCGCCUCUUCUGUUCAUUAGGACAAUUAUGCUUAAUUCUUAUAGAAAUUUUAACAUCGCCCUAUCAUUACUUUUUAUAUUCUCCACAUCUGAGAUUAAUUAGCAUGUAAGACACUUGAUAUUGGUUCAUCUAGGAAGAUUUUAGUGAUGUUAUUAUAAGAUUAUAAAUCUUUAUAAUAAACUUUCCUCUUUUAAA